AUGAAAACAAAUAAAAUUCAACGAAUUCCUUCAUUAAACUUUCAAAAAAUAUGCAUUCCAAUUAUAUUAGGACAAUUAUUAGCUGUAUUAAUUGGUUUAACUGCAAUAUGUAAUGGUGUACUAUUUGAAUAUAAAAUAAAUUUACCAUUAACUAUAAAUUUCCCACAUUAUUUUUUAUUAACUAUUUUCUAUGGAGUUCCUUAUCUUUGUUUUAAUGUAUACAAGAAAUUGUCACAUACUACUUCUACUACUACUACUACUAAUAAUAAUAAUAAUAAUAAUAAUAACAAUAAUAAUAAUAACAAUAAUAAUAAUAAUGAUAAUAAUGUAUCAUCUAAUGACACUACUUUAAACUACAAUAUCAACAAUGGCAAAACUACACUAAAUCAUCAUAAUCAUCAAUCUAUUAUUGAAAAUGAACAAAUUAUUAUUCUACCAAAUAGUAAGAAACAUUUAAUCAAAGCAUUAUUUAUUCGUUUUAGCUUUUAUUCAUUAAUUGCUAUAAUUGAUGUUCAUGCGAAUUGGUCCAUUGUAUCAGCAUAUGCAUAUACAAGUGUAACUAGUAUACAAUUAUUAGAUUGUAUCACUAUACCAACUGUUGUAUUAUCAAGUUAUUUUUUAUUAUCAUAUCGUUAUACAUGGAAUCAUUAUAUUGCAAUAAUUUUAUGUUUAUUUGGUGCUACUGGUAUGGUACUGACAGAUUAUUUUAUACAAUCAUCAAAUAACAACAAUCUUCUUGUUAUUCAUAAUGACAAUACAACUGGAACUUCAUUGAACCAAUUCAAUAAUAAUUACACUGUAAAUAAUCAAUCAUUUACUGCUGAACAAAUGAUAUUUGGUGAUUUCUUAGUUAUUAUUGGAGCUAUUUCUUAUGGACUAUCAAAUGUUUUACAACAAUAUCUGGUUCUUAAAUAUGGUAUUGUAGAAUUUCUUAGUUGUAUUAGUCUAGUAGCAUCGAUUACAAUAUUAAUUUACGCUAUUCCAAUUGAAAAACAAUCCAUCAAUAUGAUAUUGUCUAAUGUUAAUUCAAUGAACUUAACAAAAGUUAUUAGUUGUUUUAGUGGUUAUGCUUUGUCAAUGUUUCUGUUAUAUGCUUUAAUGCCAUUAGUGUUGAUGCGUUCAUCUGCUGUUCUAGUGAAUUUAUCAUUACUUACAGCUGAUAUUUAUGCUGUAGUAAUGGGUGUAUUUAUAUUUCAUUAUAAUUUUCAUUUUUUAUAUAUUUUCUGUUUUUUAAUCAUUCUACUCGGUGUCGGUCUCUUUAAUGUAGUUACUCCAGUGAUUGUUGAUAAAAAAGAACAUCAAUCAAACUGUUGCCAGUUGAAUUCAUUAAGAACAAAGUUUUCAUCAAUCUGUAAAUGAAAAUUUAAUUUAAAUUAAUCAUUUUAUUAGGUACUUGUUCAUCAAAAAAAAAGAUUCUUCUCCUCUAAUUUUUUUUUUAUGAAUCAACUCUGUUUCGGAUUAGUAAACAUGUCGAUGUGAAUUUUUGUGAUUAUGUAGCGUUAUUUCGCUUUGAUGAAAGAUUAAUUCAUUACAAUUCAUUUGUUAUCCAGCUAUGUUUGUUUUGAUCAUAUGCACAAUAUAUUAAUUAAUACAGAGAUUUAGUAAAACCACUUUGUAUUG